CGGCCGCCAACACUGCCGGAUGGAUUGCCCGCGCGGAGAGGAUGGAAAAUGGCACCACUCCACAACAGCACGACGGCGAUGACGCUGUCAUGUCCGCGACGCACGAGGUGAAGAGGAACGGGGAGGGCGGCACCCAGCUCGCGCACAAGCGGAGCAUCUCGGGCAGCAUUCUGGGCAGUCUGCCGUUUCUGCGGGCCUCUGCAAAGGACGCAGCGCCCCGCUCUCCACCGAAGCGCGACGAGCAUGAGGGUGCAAAGCGCGGGUCGUCGCUGGCGAGCGCGCUGAGCCAGAGCCAGGGCAGGAAGCGGAAGGGCUCGCUGAGGAAGAGCAUAAUGGGCAAGAACAUGAUGCGCGAGCGCCGCAACUCGCUGCUCAACCAGCGUUCGCCUGCCAAAGCGCCCGCCGUCGACACGCCCAUGGCCCCGGCCUUGCCCGACGACGACGAGCCCACGCCGCGCCGCUUCAGCUACGAGAACGUGGCGCUCAAUUCCUCGUCCGACAGCGGGUGGCUGCCUGCCGGCCGGCUGUCUGUCUCCACGUCCACCGCCAGCAGCUUCGCCCACGACGCCCCCGACGACUCGACGCCGCGCCUGCUGGCAUCGCCCAUCACCAGCCCCACCGGCCCGUACGCCUCCACGACCGACGACGACGAGGGCCUCUCCUUCUUCCGCCCGUCGGCCUCGAGUAGUAGCUCCUCGUACAACGUCGCAGGGCUGCCGCCGCAGGGCCCCGUCAUGUCGCUGCAGCGCCGCCGCUCGAACCGCUCCGGCCAGCACUCGUCGCUGACCAUCGUGCACACGCCCGCCGACAUGGCCCUCGACGACGAGUGGGACUACGGCGAGACGGAGUGGUGGGGAUGGGUCGUCCUCGUCGUGACAUGGAUUGUGUUUGUCGUGGUCAUGGGCUCCUGCCUCGGCGUGUGGAGCUGGGCUUGGGACGUUGGAGAGACGCCGUAUGCGCCGCCCGAGCUGGAGGACGACCCCACAUUGCCCAUUACGGGCUACUAUCCCGCAUUGAUGGUAUGUACAGCGGUCAUGGCCUGGGUCUGGGUUGUGGUGGCCUGGGUGGGCAUGAAGUACUUCAGGCAUGCAAAGGUGGUUGGCGACGAUGGCUAGCCGCGCCCUUGCAGUUACCCCAUAUUUCCUCACAUCUCAUAAGACGACCCGAAUAGGGGCGCCCGUUUCUAUUAUUGCAAACUAUCAUCUAGGCUGUUGUCUUAUCACCCGCGUUAUCGCCAAUAACAUCUCGGGUCUGAAACACUAAGUCUUAACACAUGUCUUAAGCCAUCUCAUCACACCCUAUUCUCACGCUUGCCUUAGCAGGACAAGUAGCAGCGCCGUAUCUCAAAUUCCUGAGCAAUAGCUCUCUUCAUAUGUCGCGCACACUCCACUUCAAAUGUCGGCGGACGGCCGUCCCUCGUUGCUCAUCUCGCUGCCUUUUUGGCGCUCGGUCCACCCGGACGCUGGGUCUCCUGGCCCUUUCAUCGAGCUCAUCUCCCUCUAAGCAACCAUGGUCCGCAUACCUCGUCGCACUCAUAGCGUCUCCGGACCACCCUCUGCGCACUGCGUGUUGAAGGAUGUUGCUUGUUGCUGCAAUAUGGUCAAG